CGCAACUCCUCUGACCAAAACCAGACACCCAAAUAACAGGAGAAGCGCUGCUGCUGGGACGGGACGCGACGGAUCCUGAGCUGAAAGGUGCUGCUGUUUAUUCUGAGGAAUGGGGCAAAGCUGGACGUGUUCACAGACGUUAACGAGCCUAGUUCAAAGCGAACACUGCAACGUCGCACCGUCUGCCGUUGAGGUCACUGUGGCACAAAGCAAGGCGUCCUUCGCGGUCACAGCGGAGAUUCCGUGACAUUACAGCGGCUUUGUUCGGGCGCUAAUUGAUGCGAAGGCACACUGCUUUGCCGUCGAUCUGAUCAUUUAUCGGGAGACUUGCGCUAAUGGAUCAUGGACAAGUAGAAUGAACGCAGCGGGACAACAGCACUGCAACCCAGAUUGUGUGCAUUACGAUAGAUCUGAUUACCGUUCCUAUUUAGAACAAGACGUCAAGUCCAGACAUCAACACAGUUAAAGAUUUGUGAGGUGAAACCAUGGCUUUAGUCCUCUCUAUGAACCCCUUUUGUGAACCUGAGGCCGAAGCCCUGCCACCAAUCUACCAGCAAAUCUGGGAGUCUGAACAUUGCAGCAAAAGAUGUGUCUCAACAUCCUCAUCACCAGGGGGCGACACCCAAAGGCUUAUAGAAGAGCCCCAUUACAGACGAGCCCCGGAUCAUAUGGUGAAUCGUUUGGCUGUAUCACGGAUAUCUUAUUUUAAGAGGAAAUUUGUUGAGGAUGAAGAAACUGUACUGAGAUUCAGGAGUUACUGUCACACUCAGGUGUCACCAAUGCUGGAAGAGCGUGCUCACAUUCUCCAUCUCUCUCUUGAGAAGCUGCGUUUCAUGGAUGACCCUGAGUCCUUCUUACGGCGAUCCGUGCUCAUCAAUAACCUCCUCCGGCGCCUCAGAAAUGAAAUCCUUCUUCAGAGCGACUGGUGCUUCACAUCAGGCCCUGCGGCCACAGUCUGUCCUCACCAAACCCCAGCCAUGAUCACAACUCUUCCCCCUCCUGCGCAACAGCCCUGCAAUAUGCCGCCACGGCCAUAUUGCAAACGUCUACGUCUGCUGAAGAGGGAGGGGCCGGAGUGUGUCCCUGCAUGCUGCUGUUUAUACGCAGCUGGUCGCUACCUCCAGCUUCCCCUGUCUAUAUAUGAACAGGAUGUAUACACCAACUCCCACCCAUCUUCAUCAUUUUCAUCAACAUCAUCAUCAUCGGUUAGAUUUCCACAACUGGUGGAUGAGGAUGAGGAGGACAGUGAUGAGGAAGAGGAGUUGGACUCUGUUUGUCCUAUGCUGGCUCGGCAUCAAGCUGAAACCAGAGAGCAGAACAGAACAUGGGAUGGUCUAAGGGUGCAGAGUCACAGGGAUGAGAAGACCUUGGAGAGAGAGAGAGAGAGGGGCAAAGAGAGAAAUCGAGAGAAGGUUAGAGGAGGGGAGGUUACAGUAGGUGUUUCACAGUGAUGGCUUUCAGAUGCUAUUGGGACUGGACACCUUGUUUCCACACAUGAGCAAGGGCUCAUGUGUGGAAACAAGGUUAGAAUCUGGUUUCCAACAGCCUUUUAGAUCUGUUAUAAAGAUUAUAUGAACAGGAAUCCCUACUGAAACGAUCAGCAUGGCUGGUCACCAGCAUAUUGUGUUUCGGAUGUUAGAAUGCUAGUUUCCCCACCAGGCUUAACUAGCUUAACCAACUAACUGGUAAACUAACUUCAUCAGAAACAACAUCUUUUCCACCAUCAGGCCGAACUGUUCUGAGCAUGGUAACCGUUUCAGUAGCAUUUCCACUUGAGCACAAACCACUUUAAGUAUGGUUUGAUUACAAACUGUACCCAGCCUGGAAAAGUUUAACAAACCAUACUCAGGAUAGAGAACCAUUCUGGGGUAAUUUUCCAUACAACGACGUUACUCACUGCUUAACCACCAUAGUACCAUGCAUCUGGAAAAAUUAACUAGCUUGUAGUUACUAUAAUGCACAUCCAUCCUUCUAACCACGUUGGUUCAACAAUAUAGAGUUGUUAUUAAUGAAGUUACGCAGGGGGUGAAGUAAUAAUUACCACAAAUCUUAAAUUAUAAUAGCUUAUUUAUGCAUACACCAGAAAGCCGUUUAAUGCCAGAAAUCUGCUGAAGACACGAAAGCAGCAUGCACUUUGUAAUGCCACAGAUACAUUGCUCUGCAAUAGCUUGGUUUCCCUCUACAUCGGACUUUGGGGUUCCCCUGACGCACUUGAUCAAAUAUGCACAUGCUCACUCUUCAAAAACAUAUUAACACCACUUGUGCAUAAACAUAACAAAUAAAAGCCGUAUUCUAUGACAGAAAUGGUGUGAGAUAAAGCGCUUUCUUUUAACAGACUUUAAUACCUUCAAUGGUUGCAUUUGCAUUUACAUGACGUUUCGGAAACCCAGAAUAAAUCCUUUUCUUAAAUGUAUGAAAACAUAAUGAAAGGUAAUAUGGAAUUUAAGAUAUAGAAGCCUCAGUGAAGUGAAAUUAUGUCCACACAGCAAAUUUCCAGGGAACUAUGCUUAAAGCUACUAUGGUAAAGAGUUGCGGUUUAAAGCAUACAAAUUUUCGAUGUUGUUUGCAAAUGUUUGUUGGAACUAUGGUUUCGGGAAGUUCCAAUUCGUUAAACUGUGUUGGUAACGAUGGAACUUAAGACCAUAGUUGGCUAACAAUGCUUUUGGGAAGCACAACACUGGUGAAAUGCUUGUAGUGAUGUGGCAACUCAUGAUUGGUCAAUUGCUCAGUCAGUCCAUUCUAAUCCUGAUUUCACAGCACUACGGUGGAAAAAGAAACCGUAUCCAUGCCAACGAGCCCAGGAAUGGAACGGCUCAGUUCUGCAACAAAACCCAUUUGGCCUGAUGGUGGAAAUGCAGUUAUUGUGUUGGUCAACCAGCUUCACCAACUAGGUUUUGCAGGUGAAAUGCAUGUCUAUGCCGGUCCAACAACUAGAUCAGCUCUAGAUGACCACUAACCAUCAUACCAACUAGCAUGCACCAGUUUGGAAUUUCAUGCUGGCCUAAGCUGGUCUUUUCAGAUAGGGUUGUGAAAAACUACCAAUAUUAUUAUUAUUAAUAUUAUUAUUAUUAUUUCUACCUACUUUUGUACUUCUCAGAUUGCUCAAUACAACACAAAACUAGGGACAGCUAAUUUACAAAUAGCUCAUCUCUAGUGAAAAUGACCGUACUGUGCCUUAAAUGUUAACUUGUUUAAUCUGUUUGCUGUGUUUGUGGAUAUUUGUGACUGAACCGGUUUAAUCCAAAAAGAUGUUUUUUGUAAAAAAAAAAAAGAAAAGGAAGGGAGUGAGCAAAAGAAAGAGAUAAAGAUUUAGAAUUUAGAAAAGCUUGAAAAUGUUGAAUGUUCAUUCUUUAACAUCAUAGGCACAUAAAAAAUGCAUGACAUGGGUUGCUGACGGUAAUCUUGUUUACAUGCAGUGGGUUUUUACAAAGAAUGCAUGAGGCCCUGAAAGUGGCCAUAAUGUUUAAAAUAUUCCUAAUCCUUUUAGCACCCUGAACGUUUGAGUAUUUUGACAUUCAAGAGACAAAGCCUCCUAAUCGACUCCACACCAGCUGAGAGUAUCACAGACAAAUACCUCAAAAUAAAGACAUUUAAGUCUGUUGUCUUGAGGUCCCCACUGAUUCAAGUCAUUAUUGGCAUGGUACAAAUGAAAGCAUUCUCAUUUUGUGUUUUUGCAAAAAAACAUUUCUAGGAUGUUUAUGCAGUUUCUCGACAGUUUUUAAAAAAAAAUUAUUUCUUAAAAUAUAUAACGGCAGACCCUCAGACAAAAGUAAAACGUAUACAAGCAACAGUGUUGAAAAGGAAUAAGGCUGGGACAGUUUGCUUGAAAUUUUAAACAUUGUUCAGUUCGGAUGUGUGUGUUAUUUUUGUGAAAUAUGUUCAGAAUAAAGGAAUGAUCAUUCCCAGCUCACAUUGUUCCCUUUAUCUCCUUGUGAUGUGAUUAUAUCUGGCACACAGCUU